AAUUCUAAGAGCUGAUAAUGCAUUUAAUGCUGCUCAUAGACCUUGAGAUAUUAUGAAGCAAUAACGAAAAAGGCAAUUACUAGAUUCAUUUUACAAUUUUAAAAUUCCAUGUCAGUGAGAUUUUUGUGCUUUUAACUGGAGGCAUUACAAACGUUGCUUCAGGCAGAUGAUUUGUGGGUAAUAUUCAUUGUGUUCCCAUGUGCUCUUCCAGCCACAAGCAUCUUCCAGGCACUGCUAAGCAAAGGGAAAAGCAGAGGUUGCUGUGGUGGGUUAUCUAACAGAAUGCAAAUGUAAACAAGUUCACUCCUAAAUAAGUCACCACGUGCCACAUCUACAUUUUUUUUCAGUACCUGCAGGGAUGAGGACCACUUCCCUGGGCAGCCUGUUCCAAUGCCUCACCACUCUCCAUGAGAGGAUUCUUCCUGAUAUAGAUUAUAACAUCUAAAAAAAAAUCAGAGUGAAGAUUCAAUUUGAGCAAUGUGAAACUUGCUUGUUUUUCAAGAUGGAGAAGGUGGUUGCAGUGAGGAUACUGUGAGAAGCUGUAUGCAAUAGGAUAUGUGUUUUUGGAAUGAAUUCUUCAACUUCACAAGUUCAACUGCUUUACCACCAUCAGUCAAAACAUCUUCACAGGGAGUGUAAGUGUGUACCCUCAGCUCCACAUGGGCAAAGUUACCAGCGUCAUAUGUUCAACCUCCACUUCCAGAGUGCCUUGGCCACAAGGUUUGUAAGCAAUGUAAUCAGCAACAGCCAGCUUCUCUACAAGCAAUUGUGCCACUGUGGUCCACGGAAAUACAGCAGCUGCUCAGGAUGUUGUGUUAGGAAAUGGUGUAAUUCCUGCCUCUACAGAAGACAUUCAUAAGUCUUCAAGAUAUUACAUGCUCUCUUAACUGGCUGCUGGCGGUACAUACCGAAAUCUGACUGGAAAAUCUUCUAGUCAAAAGGGAAAGUGAUGAAGAAAUGGUUGUAUCUCAGAGGGAAUGAGUGAAGUUUUGCAGAAAACGACUGGAGAAAGGAUCUCCUGGAGCAGGAGUUUGGCUUUGGGUUAUCUCCUCCUGGAAGAACCAAGUUAACACAUAAGGAAUAUAACAGUGAUUGCCAAAGAAGCUCGCAGGAAAGCCACAUAAGACAGCUGUAUGCCAGAUGUUUUCUUCGUUAUGUGCUAUUGUGAGUCCAAUUCAACCCAUUUUGAAGUCAAUUGCUGUUCCUUAUACAUGGAAAUUCUUUUCAGAAGUACUCCAUCCUGAGGUAAAAGCUGGUCAAAUUCAAUCAUAAGCAGUGACAAGGUGAGGCUGGAUUUUUUUCUUUUUUUUACAACUCGUAGUGUUACUAAUGGAGUCACAAGCUGCUGGAGAAAGCCCAGGGUUUUUUAGUCUUUAAACACCAGACGUCUGACUUGCUCUUUCCAUGCUUGCAUAGAAAGAUACAUAGCUAUAGGACCUACUGGAACACAUAUCUAUCUUCAGAUGCAUGUGGUUAGCCUUUAAAGUCCUUUAUGACAUGCCUGGACAUGCUUCUACUUUGAAUAGGUGAAGCUAAACUUCCUCAUCAAGCAUAAGUACAUGGAAAGUGUGGUUGCAAAACUGUAAUUAACAGAUGUUUUAUCUCUAUUACUGUGUCCUAUGAUGCACAUGUGCUCAUUUGAUUAUUAAAUCCUUGCAUUUUAGUUUGUUUUGGUCAGCACAGACUUGCAGAGAUCUGUUAGUAAACUUGAAUGCUUUCUUUGUCUAACACAGCCAACCCUCUACUUCUCAGCAAAUAAAGCCACAGAAAAUCAGUGCAUGGACUUGAAGUAGAUGUAAUUUCUCUUUAAUCUCUUCUUUCAUAAUAUUCUCUGAGAACUUGGUGGUCUAGUCCCUCUCCAAACACAUUCUUCUCUCUUUUCUCCAGUGGAAGUAUUCCUGGAAAUAUGAUCUUUCAUUAGCUCACUGUUUAUCAAACCCUGCUGGUUAUCAAGAUUGACUUGUUUAUUGAGUUUUCAGAGGUAAAUUAUCUGCUUGGCUUAUAACUAUAUCUAUACAGACUCUAUUAAUUUAGUAAGAGCUGUAUGUCUACAUGGCUGUCAAUCACAAUGAAAAUGAAAUUGCUUCUAAUUAAGGAUAUGAACUUGUUUGCCCCCUUUCUUCAGCACAGAUAUUACUUGAAGUAAGCCAACACUGUGAGAAUUGCUUAUAAUAAAAUUAGAUCAUUCUUAAUUAAAUAUCUCCACAGAGAGACUUCUUCACAUCAUGACGGAGUGUUUUUCACUUUCAUUAAGAGGAAUCUAUUUCUCCAUCCAACAUAAUAUUCUGCCAGGAAAUCCAACCGCUUUCAUUUAGUUGGAAACCUUGAGGCUGAGUUUCUGCAUAGGACUGUGGUUUGUUGUUGAGUCUAGAGUUUAGAAAACACACUUUGCUUUAACAUACUGGCAAUUUUAGGAAAAAGGUUGUAGAAAUAUAAAGCCCUUACCAAAAUUAAAUCUGCUUGCCUAAGUUAUUGCUUUACUUGAAUUUCUUUCUAUUUACUUUGGUGUAUGCAAACAAAAAAUUAUUUCUCAACAUUUUUUGAUGAUAAAAUGUGGGGAUAACUUUUUAUCAUUUGUCUGUAACAGUUGUGUAUUCCUGCAUUUCCGUUGAAGCAUAGCUGUGGUAGCAUGGCUCAGAGAGAACUGCAUCUCUCAAAUUUAAUGUUUAUCCAUUCUGAGGCUGUGUUUUGUGCUAAUCAGGUUGCAUUUGUAUUGCUUGUAGCCCAAAGCCCCCUGAAGUUAAUGGAAAUCUUGCCAUUGCUUUUUAAUGAAUUUUGGAUUUUUAUUUUCUGAUAAAAGUACCACUAAAGUAUUUUUUCUUAAAAUAUGAAAAAUGCUAACAGGAGAAUCUGGUUGAAAAAAAAGUAAGUCCAAAAAUAGAAAGAAGCUGCCUACUUGUAAUUAUAUGUUCUGGUUUGGGGAAAUUUCAUCUAUAAUUAAAAGUUCCUUCAAAAUAUUCUGUCAUCUGUAGUGAAAUGCAUGCUUUACAGUGUGUUACAACAUAAAAAAAUGUUCAUGAGUAUCUCAUUACAUGGCGUAUGUUAAAUGACAGCACCCUGAAUGCUGAGUUUGUUUUAUAAUUGAAGUAAUUAUAUUAACAUUUUGAAUAAAAAUGCACAAAAAUAUUACUGCAUCGUUUGAGGAGACUUGUCUUGGGGAGAACUUACAUCAAUUACAAAGUCCUAUUUUUGGUUUGUUAACAUAUUUCUGUUUUCUUGAGGAAAGCAACGUUGUCUAAUUUUCUUUGACUACAGCUUGGAGACACUGCAGAGCUUUGCCAAGCAUGUACUGCCAGGAAGCUCAAUACUCUGCAAUGUGAAACAGAUGGGUAAUAAUUAUCUUUAUAGAUCCCUUCUUCCCCCAUUAUUAAAACAUAAAUAACUUCUCUACCACUCCAAACAUUUGUUAAAAUUGAAUUUUGGAAGAAAGAGGAUAAAAAAAAUCUAAUGGUAUAAAAAUGUAAAUGUUACAAUGAUGACUGAUUUCAAGUAACUCUCUUCCAUCAUUUUUACUGACUUUUAUAGGAAUUUUCCUGAUGUGAUUUCAAUUUUAUUUUUUCUAUCUGGAAAGUAACUUUACAAGUGGAUGACCAUCUUCAGAAAUGCUUGUUUCUUACUGCUUUAUUUUAACUCAUUAUAUUACUCAUUACAUUACAGAAAUGAUUAAAAAAUGUAUCUGAAACUGGGAGAAUCAUAUUUCAUCCUAAUUGCCUGAGAGAUGCUCAGCUUGUCAGAGCCCAGCAUGGCAUAGUGGAUGAUGACACUUGACAGUGAGUCAAGUGCAAGGACUGCUUUUAUGUUUCCGGGAAGAUCACUUCAGCCUCUUCUAUCAAUUUAUUCAUGUAGAUUGCAAACUCUUCAGGUGAGGCCAGUUCUUCUACUGUUCUUACCGUCCUGAUCGCGCACUGCUGUGAAAUAAGCUGACAAGCUUUCUCCUGUUAUUUGCAUUCCUCCAAUAUCUUCUUCUCCAAACUCUUCAGCUUUUCAUCGACUAGCAAGAAGUAACAAACUUUAAAUGGGGUAUUACGCAGCCUAUAAUAUAUAAACUGUUUCAUGUGGAAAUCGUCAUGGAACAGGAUUAGGGAUGUUGUAAGUCAUAUGGUCCUUCAGCUGUACCUUCUGUAGGGCUGAGACUGCUAAAACCCUUGUAAAAGUGCUGCACACCACUGAACUUGCCCAGCAGUAGGCGCUGAGAUUUUAUUUCUACCUGUUUUCAAAAAUUAACGGGCCACGUUUAUCACGAAUAGUAAGAAAGACAGGAUGGAAGAGUCUUUCUCUGUAUUGGGUGAGGGAGAUACGUCACUGACAACAUGAAGCUAAUUAGCUCUUUUGAAGGAAAAUAUAAGCAUUCUUCUCAUGAAUUUUCAUAAACCUUGGGGUAAAUCACCCCUGUUAGGGAUUGAAUCAGCUCUUGGAGAAGAGGAAAAAUGAAUCCACCUCUCCAGGUAGUGAAGUUUUACUUUUAGUGAUAUGUCAGGUGCCCGUUAUAGCUUGUUAGUGGAGAAAAAUUACCAAACACAGCGGUUUAGAAUUACUCCUUUUAAAAAAUGAAACUAUAGUAUAGUAUGUUAAAUGUGAUAUGCUUCUCUUCAUAAUUAACUUAAUUAGAAGUCUCCUGGAUUAGUAGCUAUUCUGUUGAAUUACCUUUAUCAAUAAUAUCACCCUUUACCAUAAGUCUUAGAUGAAAUCUUGCUCCAUUUAAACAGAAUUUCACUUUUUUUUUGAGACGAAAGUGAUAUGUGGACCACAUCUCCCAAAGGCAUUCAGAAUCACAGGUUUAGAAAGAGAAAUGCCUCUUUAAAACAGCUGACCAUAACUGUGCAUCUAGUAUGUAGCCUGUCACAAUCAUUUAUUGAAGUUUUGAGAGAAUAUGAAUUUUUAAAACUUGUUUGUGAACCUGAUAAAUUCUGAAAAGAUAGUUCUCUAUCUGUUGGCUAGACCAGAAACUAAAUGUUGGAUAAUACAGCAUGACUACUGGACCUCUUAAGGAACUCUUAAUGACUAUGGGUCAUUGAUUUCCAGUAUUUUAUUUCUUUUAAGUCACACUGGAAAUUCUGUUUGCAACUGAUAGAACAAUGUGAACUUUUCAUUACAGAAUAUUAUUAGAAAUAUUUAAUCUGUCAGAACAUCACCUAUUAUGUCCUAGAACAAGCAAAGAAACUAAAUAAAUAGUACCACAUAACUUGAAGGCAUGCAGCUGGCAUAUCCCUAAUGAGAUUUAUUUAUGUAAUGGAUUUACUUUGACCAUUAAGUCACAUGGCAUAAAAAAAUAGGUUAGGACAAUUUGAAGGAAAUGAUUUCUUUAUUUAAUUUGACCUGAGUAGAAUGAUUGAAAAGAAUACUUGACAAAAGAUCUCUUGAGUCUUGAUUUUGCAUUAUCUCCAUUCUGGAGAAAAGAAGAGAAAAUGAGUUAAUACAGUUCAGUAUUUUGUAUCACUUUGUAGACUGUUUAUUCUUAUGUGUAAGAAUAUUAAAGAGGUGACUCAUAAGAGAGAACAUUUUGUCCCACAUAUUUAAAAUGGACAAAAGAAAAUGAUGCUGUUGUUAUGAGUAGAACAGUAGUUCCAGACUUGAUUAACCCACUCACUACAAAUUACCCCAGCCUCAAGAGGAAAGAGUCAUUUCAGCAGUGGUGAUGUGUGUCUCCUCUGGUCAUGUAAGGAUGUGGGUCUGUGGCACCAGUAGAUAAUUCAUACAAUCAUGAAGGAGACAUCCCUCCAUUAUGAUUCUGAAAUGUCAUAUUGGACCUCAAAAAUAUUUUUUCUAUUGUUAAAUCUACUAUUGAUUAAAGCCAGCCAAAUGCACAACAGCUUCCAAGGUAUUCUUGAAUGGAAUGCUUCAAAAUUCAUUGAUUUUUAGGAACAACACUCUCAGAUUAUUUCUGUAGUCAAUUUUUAAAAAGUAGUUAAAAGAUGUUUCAGUGGCACACCUGCUCUAAGAUUGCCUUGCUGUUAGUUUGUUCUUCUUGCCUCAAUUCUAAGGGGAAGACUUGUACAAAGUAAUGCAUAAAACAAUAUGGAAGAACUACAUACAGAAGGAUUUGCAUCACUGAACAUGCGUGCAAUGAUAUAAUAGAAGUGUCAAGAAAGUACCGGAUACACAAGGCUUGCAAAUGAAGAAGAAAGAGAGAAUUACUAUCCUCCAGUUCUUCCAGUUAUAAGCAAGUUAGGUACUGUCUGUAGUAAUCAAAUAAGUUUAGAGUGUCAGUAUGUGAUUAAGAUGAAAAUCUCUCUAAGUGGGAAUGAAUGUAAAUCAGUAAAUAGGUGUAAUGAAUUUCAGUAGCCAAUUUUAAUAUUUUGCAUUGGCUAGGAUGAUCUGUUAGUGAGUCAUUUGACUGAUAACUAGCAUCUUCAUUUGUAUGUUUAUGCAAUUGUUACUAAGAACAAAUGUGAGUAAGACUGGAAAUAAUCAAUUAUUUAUUCAUUUUGUGUUUCAUAACCUGGCUUGGGCUGAAAACUUCAGGGUUUAGACAUUUUUUUCCACUUGAAGUUUUGUCUGCAUGUGAGAUUGCUGGACGAUAGGUACUUGAGCUCUGUCCUUCUGUGUUAACACGAUCUGGCUGCGACAGUAAGGUCAAAUUCACCUCUUUCAGUACCUCAGCUCAUGUGUUUGGUCUCCUCAUCAACCAAUUGCUUUGCAGCCCUGCUGGUAUCUCAGUAAAAAUCUGUUUAUUUGAUACCCUAAAUGGCUCAUCAGCCAUUUCAUGGCCAAAUUCUUUGGCAAAAGGAGUGCCUCUGAAUGGACUCCUUGGCUACUUCUUGUGACAGGAUCAAGAUCUACAUUAAGACAGAAAAUUUGUCUUUGCUCAUAGUGAAAAGAGCCACAAUACAAAUAGGAGUGUUUCAAAUUGUAGCAAACCUUGAUCCCCCACUCCACCCCCUUCAAACUUCACCAGAGAAACAGAAUAUUUCCUCCUUGUUCUGUCCACAGCAACACUCACCUCAUUCGCCAGCUGACGAGACACAACUUGUUAUCAAGAAGAAAAUAAGUGAACUUCCUUGCUGAUAGGAAUGUUUAGAAAAUAUCAUCAUCCACAGCUGUACUUCCAGUAAGAGCAAACAGUCCUUUUUCAGAUGUCAGCAGGUGGAAAUCUCAGCAGAAGAAUCCACAGUUGUUAUUAUUCCUGAUGAACUUUUUUGUUUUUAUUCCACUCUGAUAGUGAAUGCCUGCUGGGAUGUUGGUGUUUUUAACCUCCUGGACCGAUUCAGAGCUUGUUACGAAAUACUGUUAAUUUAUGUUUAACUACCUAUGAGUUUUCACCUUUAACUGCACCGGACAGUGUCUCAAUUCAGGCAACAUUUAGGCCAUAAUUUGUGACUGCUUUAUGAUGGUGAAACAUAAAAGGCUGAGUGGCAUUUACCUGAAUGACAAAGCCAUGGCUGAGCUGAUCAAUACAGUCUGAUGAACCACACUUUUUUUUUUUGUUAACAGAAAUGAUUUAACAUAUUCUAAAAUUAGUAUUUUGAACAUGCUAGGAUACUGAAUGCAUGUAUUUCAUCCGCUUCCUUCAAGGAUUGAGCAAACCCAGGAUUCUGAGACCACAUUUUUAAAGAGGUAUAUCACAGCUUCUACUGGAUCAUUUUAGUGUUUUUUUCCAACCUUUAUGAUUCUAUGAAUACAGUGACCUUCCUCUCCAUCCUCACAACGAGGCUCAAUAACACAACCUGUGCAGGGACUGCUCCCCAGGGAGGCAGGGGCUCCCCUGGGAGCUAUGGCAGGGGCUGAGAUACAGCAGUUUUGGUCAGUGCUUCUGUUUGAUUAGUAAUAGGGAAUGAGGAAAGCUCAGUACAAAAAUGCUUAAAUCUGUGGUGUGGCGGCUUCUGCUCCUCAGGCUGCGCAGAAGCAGGGGCAAUCUUCUAUGCCUGCUGUCUGCAAAAAAGACUUGGUAGUUUAUGUGCUUACUUUCCCAACACUAAUUCUUAUCCUCCUCCACCAUUUCAUGCUAAAAUUUCACGCUGCCUCCUUUUGGCAGACCGAUGCUUUUCUUAGGAUGCACUCUCCAAGCCUGUGUUUUUCUUCCCUACUCUAACCCACAUGCUGAGACACAUCUCCUGACUUUUCUCUUUGACUCCUGCCUGCCAGGAUCAGGGCCUUGAAUCCAUUCUUCCAUUGCAGCAGAACUGCCUCACAUUUCAGGAAGGAGAUGGGUGAAGAGAUCCAGCUAGAAAGGAAAGGCACGGCGCAAGCUGCUUGUAGUUAAAAUCUCUGUCUCCUUUUAUUUCUGGAGGAGGAACAGAAAAUAAAUCACUUUUCUCUGAACUUUAAUGACAAUAAUAUUUUUUGAGAUGCUUUUAUAUUUUAUUAAAAAAUGUCUGGGUAAUUAUAGGUCUCAAUCAGAAAAAAAUGGUCAUUUUUCUUGUUGUAUGAUAAGAUGCCAACAUCUGACAGGCAGAGGAAGGUCACUGCACAGAACUUUUAACUCUUUUUUUUAUGUGUCUUCAGGUACUGUUUGAAUGAAUGGGUUUAGCUGACCUGCAUUGCUUCACUGGUGAAUUAGGGAGAGGAAAAUUGUAUCCAUAGUAUUCAAGACAUGAAGAUGCCUUCUGCUUGCAAGGCUACUGAAAUGUGUUGAGUGCUGCUUCUCCUCUUCUAACCAUGAACAGUUCCAAAUCACCAGGGCUGGCUGGAUUUGGAAUAAUAAAAAACACAACCUGCCACACAGAGAAGAAGAUUUCCGUUUUUUUUUCAAUAAUCUUCAUGACGGUGGGAAUUCUGUCCAACAGUCUUGCAAUAGCAAUUCUCAUGAAAGCGUAUCAGAGAUUUAGACAAAAGUCCAAAGCCUCAUUUUUGCUUCUUGCUAGUGGCUUGGUCAUCACCGAUCUCUUUGGCCACCUCAUCAAUGGAGCCAUUGCGGUGUUUGUGUAUGCGUCGGACAAAGACUGGAUUCGAUUUAACCAGUCCAACAUUCUUUGCAGUGUUUUUGGCAUCUGCAUGGUUUUCUUUGGUUUGUGCCCGCUCUUUCUGGGCAGCGUGAUGGCUGUUGAACGUUGCAUUGGAGUCACCAAGCCAAUAUUUCACUCCACAAAAAUGACUUCUAAACAUGUGAAAAUGAUGUUGACUAUGGUAUGUCUGUUUGCUGUUCUUAUAGCUUUGCUGCCUAUUCUUAGGUUUAGAGCCUAUCAAAUUCAAGCAUCGAGGACCUGGUGCUUCUAUAAAACAGAACAUGUUGAGGACUGGGAAGACAGAUUUUAUCUCUUAUUUUUUUCUUGCCUUGGGUUACUGGCCCUUGCUAUUUCAUUCUUGUGCAAUGCUGUCACAGGAAUUACCCUCUUAAGGGUCAAAUUUAAAAGUCAACAAAGACAAGGCAGAUCGCAUCAUUUUGAAAUGAUCAUUCAGCUCUUGGCUAUAAUGUGUGUUUCUUGCAUUUGCUGGAGUCCAUUCCUGGUUUCAAUGGCCAGAAUUGGGAUAAAUGCAAGUCAUUCAAAGGAGAACUGUGAAACAAUACUUUUCGCUCUCCGAAUGGCAACAUGGAAUCAGAUUUUAGAUCCCUGGGUGUACAUUCUUCUCCGGAAAGCCGUUCUUAAAAACCUGUACAAGAUCACAAGGGGAUGUUGUGGCAUGCACAUCAUAAACUUACACAUGUGGGAACUCAGCUCCAUCAAGAAUUCUUUAAAGGUUGCAGCAAUAUCUGAGUCACCACUAAGUUCCAAACAAAUAAAUCUACAGCCGCUCAGCUCGACAGGGCAAUAAAAUUAAGAACAGCAUAUGAAGAGAUGAUGGAAGCAAUGCUCAUAGACGGGCAAUACUUUACAAUGAAUUCUAAGGCUCAGUGGUUUGGCAUUUGUUUUAAAUCAUGAAUGAUUUUCUCUUGUUGCUUACCAGUUUGAUAUUGCUACUCCAGAAGAUGCACUUGAAUGUUUUAAGUCACGUUAGUGUACAUCUCUGCCAAAACUGGCUGUAGAAUGAUAAAGCUCCCUAGAUUACUCCUAGGUACUAAAAUGAACAGGGUUCCAAAUCCUUUACCUUAGCAGGAUUCUUGAAAAAACAUACAGGUGAGAAAAUGUUCUCUAAGGUGUUUUUUAAAUGGGGUAGCUGCAUCUACCAGUGAUACUCCCAAAGCCUUUGCAAAGACAAUGCUUCAUAGAAAAAAGUCCACCAUCCUUUCCCUAAGGGGAAGGAAGCCUUUGCUUCUAGGCAAUUCAUUUUCCCAUGGAUGUAUAAAGGAUGUUCUGUUUGUGGCUAGCUUAGUAAAUGAUCUAGUUUGUUUGGUUCAUUGACUUGAACUGUUGAUUAUUUACUGUUGCACGAAUUUCUGGGAGAGCUGCAAAUUUCAUCAGCAUAUGUAUCCCUUUCCAACCCCUGAUACAACAUCAGGUUCCCUGUGAGAACACAGUUAGAAGCAGAUGAGCUCAGCUUGCUUACAGUUACAUUUUAGACCUAUUGGUGAGUUGUUAGUCUUUUCAGUAAAUUUUAUUGAAAUUAACAGACAUAAAGCUGUGGUUAGUCUGUAUAAAAAGUAGGGAUUAUUUUUAUUUAUUUUUUCUAUCCCCAACUGAAGAAAAUUCCUUGAAGGGUUCCCCUACUAUAUAAACAGAAAUGCUCAUAAGGUACCUCUGCUCAAAUUGUAAAAGGUCACACAGGUCUCAUGUAAAACCAUUGUGUAGAGAACUACAGAGAACUGCUCUGAGUGUGGUUGUUAUUUGUGAAAGCAAACUGCAUACUUGAUGUUUGCAGGAUCCAUAUCUUAAGUGCUGAGUACAUGCAGUAUAUUUUAAGGUGUCUGAAGGUUUCAAGGACUUUAUGCAGGAGGCCCUUAACCUCUAUUGCUGCUAAAAGAAGCGUUGGCUUUUGUGACUGUACUUUGUUUAGAAGCAAAAAUGAGAGUAUCAGACUUUGUAACACAAGAAUUAUUUUAAGAUAGAACUAUUUUAUUUUUACCUAUUUAACUUCAAACAAUAAUGAGUGAAUUGUUAGUACAUUUGGACUAAGUAGUUAAAAAUUGUUUCACCAAGAAGACAGUCUGAGAGACCAAAACUAUUCACAAAGUACCAAUUCACGUUGCUUGUGAGAACAGUUUGAGUUGGAAAAUAAUUUAAAAAAAAGUUAAAAUAUUUCAAAUUUUUGUUUUAAAAAAGUUAGAAAAUUAAUGGGUUAAAUAAGCUUGUAAUGAAAUGAAAUGCUUUUUUUUCUGCGAUUUAUUUUGCCGAUCACAGAAAAUAUAAAACAUGUACGUAUUUGAUGGUGGUAUAAGCUCAGUAGUGUUGCUUCUUGUGAGUUCCACUGAAAUCUAGGAGCAUUCAGUCAGUGCUCAAUUUGGCCUUUUCAUUUUGUAGAAUGUGAUGCCAGUGUAUCUGUUGACAUAACUUAUUUGUUCUUGUUUUAGCAGCUGCAGAACAAUGUUGGUCCGUAAAUUGUUGAAGUGUUUGAUCAGUGAAUAAAGCUCAUCAGUGUUCCAUUUUGUUAUGUGAGUAAAUGUAGCUUGUGUAGUUCAUACUGGUUGACUUGUAAAACAAGAAAAGUUUAUAUGUAUAUGUGAUUUCUUAUAUUUUGUGAACUAUUGCAACUAUUGUAAAUUGCAGAGCCUCAUUAAAGUUAUCAAACCGUG